AUGCGUCUAUGUAUGGAAGAAAGGAGUCAAACUGUCAUUGUUGCACUUUAUUUUGACGAUUUUUUCAUAUUUUAUAAUGAUACGUGCCAUGUUGAAAAAUUAAAGACUGCACGGUGUAGUAAUAUUCCUACCAAAGAUUUGGGAGAAGUUUCAGAGUGUCUUUGUAUGAGAGUAACGAGGACUGCAGUAAGUGUCAAGUUAGACCGAAGAGCCUAUUGUGAAAAAUUGUUAUCCAAAUUUGAAAUGCUAGAUUGUGCUAGUGCAAAGACUCCCAUUGAAAGUGGUCUAUUGUUACGUAAAAGUAAAGACUGUCCCAAAGCAAUUGGUGGAUUGUUGUACUUGUCAAUAUGUACUAGACCUGAUAUUGCUUAUGCCGUGAAUUAUUUGAGUCAAUUCAAUUAUAGUUAUGGUAAGGAUCGCUGGCACGCUGUUCUGAGGAUUUCCGGAUAUCUGAAAGAAACUAUGGAGUUUGGAAUUAAUUAUUCAAAAUCUGAAAAUGACGUGGCAGGGUUUUGUGAUCCAUCUUUUGCAAAUGACUUGGAAGGGAGAAAGUCUGAAUCAGGAUAUGUUUUUAAACUCUCUAAUGGUCCUAUUAGUUGGGAGAGUAGAAAGCAGGGAGUACUGAAGCGGAGUACAUAA